AUGUCCCUGCCUAGGAACAGGCUGCGAGAUGUACACAGGAAACGCUCAGUCCCUGCGUUUGUGGGCAUGACAUUCCCCAUGGCUUCAGAAUUGUGCUUUACGAAGCUGAAGCUGCUGCUGCUGGCGAUCGAAGCUCGCGGUGACGAUGGAGCCGACAACAAGAUCGCCAUUAACCCCCGCCACAUCAAGCUGCAGCCGAACACGCAGGGCUUCUUCAUCGCCCAGUCGGCGGACGAGGUCAAACGGGCCUGGUACUACUGCAAGUCGUGCCACGAGGACAUCAAGGAUGAGACCCUCAUCAAAAAGUGCAAGUGCAAAAACUUGGCCCUGUUCCGCAAGGGUGUGCGUGCUGUGCAGAUGGUGGGACGAGCAACGGAAAAGGUGGACUCCAACGGGUUGGCGCUGUCGAACCAGAACAGCACGGCGGCGGUGAAGGCCUCGCCUAGCGGCGGCCUGCUGGAGGCGGCCAAGCAGCUCACCAAGAUCAACAAGAACGGGUCGGACAUCAGCUCCCAGGUCCAGGGAUACAACAGGCUCCCAGAAGAGACGGCACCAGCCGGUUAUCAGGCGCUGCCUCUGGCCUACGAAGUGAAAAAGCUCCUCCCGGCGUCGCGAGCCGCCGGCGGUGCCAACGCCGGUCCCGGCGGCAUCCAGUCCGGCAUCGCCGACGACCAGUCCAAGGACUUCGACUUCGAGAAGACGGAGAUGAAGUACGACAGCACGGGCAUGUUCCACUGGUGCCCAGCGCGCGCCAUGGAGGACUGCAUGCUGUGGGGGACGUGA